AUGGAGGCCAACGGGUCGCAGCAGGAGGAGGAGCCUCGGCACCUCAGCUCUGGUGAUCACGAGUCCCUCAAGGAACCCAGGAACGGGAAGGGGGGAUGGAUCACCUUCCCUUUCCUCGCAGUGGCCAUACUGGGCGUCGGGCUGGCGACCGGCGGCGCGACGGCCAACAUGGUGGUCUACCUGAUAAAGGAGUACAACGUGCCGAGCGUCGACGCGGCGAAGAUCUCUAACAUCAUCUCCGGAUCCAUCAGCGUCGCCCCCGUGGCCGGUGCCAUCGUCGCCGACGCUUUCUUCGGCAGCUUCCCCAUCGUCGCCGUCGCCAUGGUCAUGGCCGUCCUCUCCUUGGUCAUGUUCACGCUGGCGGCGAGCCUUCCGGGCCUCCGGCCGGCGGCGUGCCAGCUCGGGGCCGGCCCGUGCGAGCAGGCGUCGGCGGGGCAGAUGGCGGCCCUGUACGCGGCCGUGUUCCUCCUCUGCCUGAGCGCGGCGGGGGCGCGGUUCAACCAGGCGACCAUGGGCGCCAACCAGUUCGAGGCCGCCGCCGACCGCGACGUCUUCUUCAACUGGUACUUCAUCUUCUUCUACGCGUCCACCGUGCUCGGCGCCACGGUCAUCGUCUACGUCCAGGACACGGUGUCCUGGACGCUCGGCUUCGGCGUCUCGUGCGCCGCCGGCGUCGUCGGCCUCGCGGCGCUGCUCCUCGGCACGCGGUACUACCGGCAGCCCCCCGCUCAGGGCAGCCCGUUCACGGGGCUGGCCAGGGUGGUCGUCGCCGCGGCGAGGAAGAGGAAGCUCAAUGUCGUGGCGUCGGAGGAGUUGAAGUUUUACUACGGGCUACGUACGGGCGACGAGGACGUCAAGACUGGCGGCGACGAUGUCGCUAUUCCCAGCGACAGCUUUAGGUAA